CUCACUAGACUUGACACCGCCAGGCUGUUCGAAUCUAGCUGGUACCGUCUUUUGGCGGCAGUUCUCACGGCGAUGGGAUUGCGAUAGCACGCGUUUCUUCCGGCAUCGUUAGGCAGUCCAGUAUUGGCUUCCACUCAACAAGAGCAAUAUUAGUAAGGUACUGCUGUACAGCUAUUAGACACCUGCGAAAGUGUCACAAAUUGUUAGUGCAAAAAUAACAAACAACAAAUUGUUGAAAUCACAUUUGGUGUAUUGUGUACAAUCUACAAACCAGAUUCGGAAUUGGUAAGAGGCAUCAACAAAGGAUAUUUAUCUACGACAAGCAGGCCUCGGACGACCAACCCGUCGCCAGAAGGGCGCACAACCAGAAGCCGAACGACCAAGCUUUCCAGCAAAGGCAUAGCGGACCGAAGAAGUUCGGCAGAGGGAAAAAAAUGCUGCACCAUCAUCAUCGCGGUGUUAUCAUCAUAAUAGUGAUUUAUUCGAUUGCCAAAUGGCUUGUGAAAUUUGUGCAGUAGAGUUUCGGGUCCUAGCCUUCUUCAGUGGGCUGUACGACAGUCGGAAAUACAACCAGUUGCCACAUUCAGCAGCGUUGGCUCUGCUGGCAUGGAAAACCAAAAUUACACCACUAUCGUUACUCACGGUCAUCGUCGAGGGUUUACAACUAAUGAUAAAACCAAUUAAACGUAAUUGCCGCCAAAUUAACACGGGUGAUAGCCGGAAAAUGAUGAUUUCAUAAAUCUAAUUGUAUAAGCAAUUCAUCGUUGAUGGUAAUCGGAUUGCAGUUUGAUAAACGGUCACCAAUAGAAACCCUGAGCAAUAACUAGAUCGGCACGAAUCACUGAAACUAAAUUCAGCUCCUUGCCCAGAGCACAUAAUAAUGAAUAAUGCAACUGAUUUCUACUGGGAACUGUCGCAACUUAUUAGGUUAAGCAAUCUUACCUACUACAAUGUAUCGUCGGGAGGUGGUGAAAUCUCGGUGACACUGGACGUGGUGAACUGCUGUGCCACAGAACCGAACUUCUCAAAGUACCUGGAGGCCCUGCCAAACGACAGGGUCGGACUGUUAGCUUUUCUAUUUCUGUUUUCCUUCGCGACCGUGUUCGGUAAUUCGCUGGUCAUACUGGCUGUUAUCCGAGAACGGUAUCUACACACGGCAACCAAUUACUUCGUGACUAGUCUGGCCGUUGCCGAUUGCCUCGUUGGACUGGUGGUGAUGCCUUUCUCUGCUCUCUACGAAGUAUUGCAGAAUACAUGGUUCUUCGGCGAAGAUUGGUGUGAUAUAUGGCGUUCUCUGGAUGUUUUGUUCAGCACCGCUUCCAUUUUGAACCUUUGCGUAAUAUCGCUCGAUCGGUACUGGGCCAUAACGGACCCGUUUUCCUAUCCGAUGAAAAUGACUCGAAGAAAAGCAGCGGCGUUGAUAGCUGCGGUGUGGAUCUGCUCAAGUGCAAUCAGCUUCCCGGCGAUCGUCUGGUGGCGGGCAGCCCGGGAAGGUGACAUGCCUCCUUUCAAGUGUACAUUCACCGAACAUCUCGGCUAUCUGGUGUUUUCCUCCACCAUAUCGUUCUAUCUUCCACUGUUGGUGAUGGUGUUCACAUACUGUCGAAUCUACCGUGCCGCAGCAAUACAAACCCGAUCGCUCAAGCUUGGCACCAAGCAGGUUUUGAUGGCAUCUGGUGAACUGCAGCUAACACUGAGGAUACACCGUGGUGGAACCACCAGAGAAAGGCCGAACCACCGCCGUGAACAGCAACACCAGCAGCACGAACAAGACCACCAACAGCAUACGGCAACCUCCACGCCGGAAGAGCCGGACGAAGAACCGCUGUCCGCACUGCAGAACAAUGGUCUUGGCGCGCGGCAUCGUACUCACAUGGGGAAAAAUUUCUCCCUAUCACGCAAGCUGGCCAAAUUCGCCAAAGAGAAGAAAGCUGCCAAAACGCUCGGCAUCGUGAUGGGAGUGUUCAUCGUCUGCUGGCUUCCCUUCUUCGUGGUGAAUCUGCUGUCCGGGUUCUGCAUACAGUGCAUAGCCCACGAGGAGAUCGUAUCCGCCGUGGUCACCUGGCUCGGGUGGAUCAACUCCAGCAUGAACCCGGUUAUUUACGCCUGUUGGAGUAGGGACUUCCGGAGGGCCUUCGUGCGGAUAUUGUGUGUUUGCUGUCCCCGAAAGAUCCGGCGAAAAUAUCAGCCCACAAUGCGAUCGAAAGCAUCCCAGUGCCACAUGGCUGCAGUUGUAGCAGCUUCAUCAUCUAAUACUAGUCUAUUUGAUAGCAGCCAUCAGCGUCGUAACAAUCGUCAAUCAUUCAACCAGCACAGCCAUCACAGUCAUCAUCAUCACUACUGUCAUCACCAUCAUUACAGCAACAGCCACUACUACCACCAUCGGUCGACGCGGACCAUUAACCGGGGCGGCGGGGGCAGACGAACCGGUGCCCAUCAUCAGGAUUGCUGUGGAGGUGGCAGUAGUGAGGAAACCAUCGGCAUAGGAUGUAGCAGUAAUCCAAACAAUAGCGGUAACGGAAACAAUACCAGUAACAACAACAACAACAACAGUUGCCGUCGGAAUGAUGCUGGAGGAGGCAGCGUCAGAAGCAGUGGCAGUGGUAAGCGUUGCACUUUUGCGGCGACCACGACCACAAUUCCCAACACCAGCACCGGUAGCAGCGGAACCAUCGGUGUAGGCCCAGGAGGCGGUGGUAGCUCCAGAUAUGGUAGCCGAAAACAACCCCUCGCACCGGCCCUGGUCAGCCAUGGUGCGCGGGAGUUGGUACAAUUUGAUGACAAUCCACACAUCACAGUGCACAGUCAAAGCUCAAACAGCAGUACGUCGUCGUUGAGGAUUCUCGAGUGAAUGAGUGAGUGGAAAUUUUUGAGUGUGUUAAAUUAUUAAACCUUGGCAGGUGUUAAAUGAGCGCCAACCCUUCGAGGUGUUGUGAAGAGCUUUCGGGUGAACUGUCCACGGUCUCGACGACAGGUCCUUUAAUUACCACCUACGGUUGAGUGCUGCUAUACGAUGGAAGCGAUUCUUACGUUGUGCCAAAGUUGGCCUCGAGUAGAGUUAUUCAAAUUGGAUUUAAAGUUGCAAUAAUUGGACGCACUUAGUUCUCGAACCGUUUCGUUCAAAACUCAGAUUUCCAACAGUGUCAAAUUCUGAAUAAAUGAAUAGCCGUUAUCGACAGCAUAAUCAGAAAUUUGCAACGAAUCAACUGACUAAACAUCAAAUUUUCAAAAAAAAAAAACAAUUCCACAUCUGAAACGGGGAACAUGGAAACUUCCAACGUUUGAUAAAAUCGUAACUUUUACAAAUUUGAAAAAAUAUAGUCAUCCUUUGAAAGCGGCCUUAGGCUCUACACCUCCAAAAUCUCUGCCAAAGAAGGAAAUGUGGGAAAUUAUUUUAUUUUUUUUACAAUAAAUGAGUUAUAAUAAUUAUAAAAAUGUUUCUGUUUUCAAUUCAGAAAUUCUGGUCAACGGUCAACAAAGUUGAGCGUGUAUGUAUGUUAAGCAUUCCAAUCUCACUCACUUUACUUACAGAUGUUUACACGGACUUUCUUAGUGUGAAUUGCAGCAACUUGUUUCAAUGGAGACACAUAGAUUAAAACAUUCUCUGAAAUUCCAAACAAUAGAAUCUUCGAGGUAUCAAACCUUGCAAUCCGACCGGGAAAGUUUGUCAAAUAGUUCAUUUUCGAUUUUUCGGAUUGCCACCCUACUGAAGUAAGACGAAAUUCUACGACAAUAUAAUAAACAAUAAACAAACCUAAGCAAAAUUACUAUAGAUCAGUACCUUGAAAUUACGUUAUCUACACUAACCUCACCAAACAGUCCCAAGCAGUUGUAUGGCCUUUGCUGUACGCAAAAAUCAUCUCCAUCCCACUCAGUCCAUGGCUGCAGUUCGCCAGCCCUAUAGUCUUCGUAAGGUCCGUAAAUUAUCUUCCAUCUGUCGAUCUACCUCGUCCGCCUUGCACCUCUCCGUCUCGUCUCUGACGGAUUGGUUUUCAGAACUACCUUUACCGGGCUGUUGUCUGUCAUCCUUUGAUAGGCCCAGCCCACUGCAA